CAUCGAUAUUUUUUAUGUUCUGCAGAGGCCCCACACACCGGAAGCUCCAAGAAUGGAUAUGUAUUCCAGGAAAUGGAGCUGCGGGAAGGAGAACAAGAGAGUUAUGGGAAUAACGCAACCAUCCAAUACAAGGACGCUGCCUAUGACAAUGACAGUCAAAUCAACAUAUCAGAAGCAGAAGCUCCAGGUGUCGGCCUUUUAAAUACAAUAAGAAAGUAUGUGAAGCCGAUGGACUUUUGUGAGGAGGUCCGUGCCUACAGAGACGUGGAUGCAUUCCUAGCGCAGGCAAGAAUCCUUCUGGACGAGGGAGCGUCCACUCUGGAUGGCGUCUUGAGGCAGAUGCUGAACAGCAUGGUGGAGGAUGGCCACGCUGGCUAUGAUGUGAACCAGGUCAUAGACUCGCUGUUCACAGAUGGAGGAGGGAAGGAGAUGGACGUUCACCUGCUGUCAGAAACCCUUCAAGGAGUGACUGUGACAACCACCGGCAUUCAUUACCAACAGUCGUGGCUUUGCAUUCUAUGCAAUGUGAGUAACCUGCUGAGAGUCCACGUUUGCAUUGCACGUCUAGAGAGGCCACAGAACUGGGGAGCCAACUGCUGCGAGGCACGCUACAUCAUCCUCAUACUCGCCCCACCCAGGACGAAAAGUACCAAAUCGGCCAUUGAAGUGGGCCGAACAUUUGCCACCAUGUUCUCAGAUAUUUCCUUCAGACAGAAGCUUCUGGAACCUAAGACCAAGGAGGAGUUCAAACAUGAGCUUGUAUGCCAGCGGCAGCAGCUCUCUGCGGUCAAAGAGAAGGCGGAAGUAGACCGAGUGGAUAACUCUGACCCCAGGAGAGGCAAAGACCUUAAGUGUAAAGAUUUCUUCAAACCUGGUAAAGGUGUUUACGACGACUUACGGCGUCGCCUGCCACUUUACCCUUCUGACUUCACAGACGGUAUAAUAGGGAAGGACCGCUCUCUGCUGAAGUACACCACCACAGCUAUUUUCCUCUACAUCGCAAUUCUGCUGCCGGCCAUAGCCUUCGGGUCUCUCAACGAUGAAAGCACAAGAGGAGAGAUUGAUGUCCAGAAGACCAUAGUUGGCCAGAGCAUUGGAGGUGUGAUCUACUCCUUAUUUGCCGGUUCUCCACUCGUCAUUCCACUGACCACUGCACCACUGGCAAUCUUCAUAAGUGUGAUCCGGGGCAUCUGCGAUGACUACGACUUGGACUUCGACAGUUUCUACGCCUGCAUCGGCCUGUGGAACAGUUUGUUCCUCAUCCUCGGAGGUUUAUUCAAUGUCAGUCUGCUGAUGAAGCUCUUCAAAAGGUCCACAGAGGAAGUCAUUGCAUUGUUCAUCUCUAUUGCAUUUGUUGGCGAUGCAGUGAAAGGCACAGUUAAAAUUUUCCAGCACUUCUUUCAUGAUCCCACAUUGGCGACCUCAAACAGUUCACUUGUGCUUCACGAAAUCACCGAGGUUCUGGAGAAGAUGAAGAAUCAGACAUCAGGCCAUCACAAUGACAGUGGUCCACCGAUAAUGGAUCACGCCGAGGAACAUGCCUUCGUCUUCCUUCCCAAGACUCUGGUGAUUUGCUCUAGAGAGAUCCCCAUCCUGUGCCUGCUGCUUAUGCUGGGCACCUUGUGGCUUGGUUACGCACUCUACCUAGUCAAAAGAAGCCCAUAUAUGAACAGCAAAAUCCGAGAAGUGGUGUCUGACUGUGCCCUGCCCAUCUCUGUUCUGGUAUUCUCUUUCAUCGGUUCCUACCUUUUCGUCAACAUACAACUCCCUGUGUUCAGCGUCCACAAUGGGCCCGUCUUCAACUAUCCUCCCUUCCACAAGCUAUCAGGCCUGAAUGCCCUGAGUGCCGUUGGCCUCGGCUUCCUCCUCGCCCUGCUCAUCUUCAUUGACCAGAACAUCGUCAUUUCGCUCACACAUGUGCCGGAACAUAAGCUGCUCAAAGGCACAGCAUUCCACUGGGACUUAGUGCUGACGGGACUCAUUAACAUCCUCAUGUCCUGCCUUGGGUUGCCAUGGAUGCACGCAGCCUUCCCGCAUUCCUCCUUGCAUGCCCGUCAGUUGGCCAAAAUGGAACAGCACGUGGAGAAUGGCCACGUCUACACCACUAUCGUCAGCGUUAAGGAGACGCGUCUGACCUCACUGGUCGCCAACAUCCUGAUCGGACUAUCUGCCUUCAUGCUGCCCAUUCCUCUCCAGUGGAUUCCCAAGCCUGUCCUCUACGGGCUCUUCCUCUACAUUGCCGCAACGUCACUAGAUGGGAACCAGAUGGUGGACCGCAUGGCCCUGUUGCUGAAGGAACAGACGGCCUAUCCACCCACCCACUACAUCCGGCGUGUGCCCCAGAGGAUAGUGCACUACUUCACGGGUCUGCAGAUGAUCCAGCUCAUCAUCUUGUGUGCCUUUGGCAUGUAUCCUCUGCCCUACAUGAAGAUGGUCUUCCCCCUACUGAUGAUAUUGCUUGUCCCCGUCAGGACCAGCUUUCUUCCAAGAAUUAUUGACGCCAAGUAUCUGGACAUCAUGGACUCACAGUACAUGUAG